GCUCAGCUUCCCUGCUAAGAUUAAAUCAAGUGGCUGUAGAGCCAGAACAGAAGGUACAGUGGUGUGGAACAGAAAGCGCCAACUCGCCCUCUUUCUGAGAGGUUGAACCAGCUCUCCAAGUUCAGUGGAUGCUGUGCGGGUGUAUGUGAAGAGCGACUCCGAGGACCUGCAGUACCCUGUCCUUUUUGUAGUUCGCCAGCAGAAGGGAGUGCUCUCAUGGCAGGUCCCACUGAUUUUUCGAGGCCUUUACCAGAGGACCUACAACUACCAGGAGGUGAGCCGGACCCUGUGCCCGACAGAGCCUGCACUGGAUACUGGCCCCUUGGAGCAGGUCAUCUUUGUUGAUGUGGCUUCCAUGGCCCCAUCUCCUAUCAAGUAUGAGCUGCUGGUCACCAGGGUCAAGAACUUCCAGCUCAUGACAGACAAAGCCUUCAACUUCACUGCCAGCCCUUCUCAGCCACAGUAUUUCCUGUACAAGUUCCCUCAAGAUGUGGAUUCUGUCAUCAUCAAAGUGGUAUCGGAGACCGUCUAUCCCUGCUCCGUGGUUUCUGUUCAGGAUAUUGUGUGCCCAGUAUAUGAUCUGGACCACAAUGUGGAGUUUAAUGGUGUUUAUCAGUCCAUGACAAAGCAAGCAGCCAUCACUAUCCAGAAGAAGGACUUCACAGGUGAGCAGUUCUUUGUGGUGUUCGUCAUAAAGCCAGAAGACUAUGCCUGCGGGGGCUCUGUGCCUUCCACCAUCCAGGACAAGGGCAACCACACCUGGAACCUGCAAAGGACAAAACACCUUCAAGUGACCAUUGUGCCCUCCAUUCCAGAGUCUGUUUAUGUGCAGGCCAUGCUCUUCAGCUUCCUGAGCUUCCUCUCCUUCUAUGUGGGUGCACUGAUGGUUGCCUGUAUGCACUAUGUCAGGGCUUGGAGGAAGACGUCAGCUGAGAGGUACAGCCCCGAUGAUGGAUCUAGGACCAUGGCUGCAUCGCGUCCUAUCACAGCAGGCACGCCUGAGGGAAGCAGCUACGGUGCUAUUGAUGAGUCAAGCUCCAGUGGUGGCCAACAGAUGUCUUCCCCAGAGCAUGGGCUUCGGCGUGGUUCUGACACAGACAGCUCUGUGGAGGAGGAGAGUGACUUUGACACCAUGCCGGAAAUCGAGAGUGAUAAGAACGUCAUUCGCACCAAGAUGUUUCUCUAUCUGUCAGACUUGUCCAGGAAGGACCGGCGAAUUGUCAGCAAAAAGUACAAGAUUUAUUUCUGGAACAUCAUCACCAUUGCUGUGUUCUACGCGCUGCCUGUGGUCCAGCUGGUCAUCACCUACCAGACAGUUGUGAAUGUAACAGGCAAUCAGGACAUCUGUUACUACAACUUCCUGUGUGCGCACCCCUUGGGUGUCCUGAGUGCCUUCAACAAUGUCCUCAGCAACAUGGGCCAUGUGCUGCUGGGAUUGCUCUUCCUGCNGUUUGUCCUGCCCAGAAACAUUCCCCCCCGCCAUACCACGGAAGCCAAGGAGGCCUGCACAUUGGAGUAUGGGAUCCCCAAGCACUUCGGCCUGUUCUAUGCCAUGGGCAUCGCCCUGAUGAUGGAGGGGGUUCUCAGUGCCUGCUACCAUGUCUGCCCCAACUACUCCAACUUCCAGUUUGACACCUCCUUCAUGUACAUGAUUGCAGGACUCUGUAUGCUCAAGCUGUACCAGGCCCGGCACCCAGACAUCAACGCCAGUGCCUACUCAGCCUACGCCUCCUUCGCUGUGGUCAUCUGCCUGGCUGUCCUUGGAGUGGUGUUUGGCAAAAACAACAUGUGGUUCUGGGCCAUCUUCUCAGUCAUCCAUGUCUUCGCCUCACUGGCCCUCAGCACCCAGAUCUACUACAUGGGCCGUUUCAAAAUUGAUUUUGGGAUUUUCCGCCGUGCAGCAAUGGUACUCUACACGGACUGUAUCCAGCAGUGCAGCCGGCCAAUGUACAUGGACAGAAUGGUGCUGCUUGUUGCUGGCAAUCUAGUAAACUGGUCUUUUGCCAUCUUUGGGCUGGUGUACCGGCCAAGGGACUUUGCCUCCUACUUGCUGGGGAUCUUCAUCUGUAACCUGCUGCUGUACCUGGCUUUCUAUAUCAUCAUGAAGCUUCGCAGCUCGGAGAAGCUUCUGCCCAUUCCGCUGUUCUGCAUCGUGGCCACUGCCAUAGUGUGGGGAGCUGCCCUUUACUUCUUCUUCCAGAAUCUCAGCAGCUGGGAGGAGACCCCAGCAGAGUCCCGAGAGAAGAACCGUCCCUGUGCGCUGCUGGGCUUUUUUGAUGACCACGACAUCUGGCACUUUCUCUCGGCUGCUGCCUUGUUCUUCUCUUUCUUGGUCCUGCUCACCCUGGAUGAUGACCUGGACACUGUGCGCAGAGACCAGAUCCCUGUGUUUUGAGCAUGGCCAGGUCAGGUGCUCCCAGAGCCAGUGGGAGAAGGGCCAGAGCCAGUGCCAUCUGCAGGGAAGGAGCCUGCCAGUACCCAUGCUGCACCAACCCUCACCGGGAGGAGCAGGGGGGCUGAUCCCACACUGGCUAAAGGAACAAGGAGGCCAAGACCUGCAGGGAAGAUUGAGCAGCACAUGCUCCUCCCAUGUGCAUGCAUGGGCCAAGCCAACAUCCUCACAGCGAGGCAGAGGAGCCAUCAUCCUCUGACAGCUGCUGGGAGGCACCAGGGGGGUGAGACAGCCAUGGCCAUGUUGAUUGAAGGGGGUGGUUUCUUUCAGAGGUGACAGAAGUUGAGUUUACUGCCUUCUACAGUCCCAUGUGGCCUCCUGGAGCUGCCAGGGGAGUGGGCCUCAUCGCCUGGAUAUAGCUCCAGGGACAUGGUGGGAAACAUCCAUCUCCCACCCGCUCUGACUCCUCUGCCUGUUCUGGGCUGGACCUCUGCUUCCAUCUUUAUCUUCUGUCCCUCAUGGGUGUUGGGAAGGGGCAGUGUCAAGCCCUCUUGUUCAUGGUCAUUCCCUGCACACUAUAGUGGCAUUGCUGUCCUCAGCAUCACUCCCUCUGCCUCUCUGCUUGUGCCCUGCCCUCCAUGGGCCCCAGGGAGAUGUUUCUGAGGCAGCAGGAAGCAGACCAGUUCCCAGUUUCUGGCUGAGGAGGGCUGCUACACAGCUGGCAGAGCUCUAGGACAGUGAGAGGAGCCACAUGUGAUGGACAGCUCUGCCCAGGAGGCAGUAGCUGUUGGAGAUGGUACCUGUACAGGGUGGACUCCCCAAGAGCCGCAGCCCCAGGAAUACUCUGCAAGACACAGAUGUGCUGGCUUCUUUUCUGGUCCUCCUGGCCCCCUUCCCUCCUGCAUAUGAAAUGGCAACUUCUCUUGCAGCUCCAGUGACCUGAGCAGCAGCUCUUUGUUAUCACAGCCCUGUGCAAGACCCAGAGUGCUCAGCCCUCCAGAGGUGGGCGUUCUAAAGGGCUCUGUGGAAUUACAGCUGUGGUCUCGGGGCCAAGAGCCACCCCCUGACCAAGCGUGGGUGUCAGCUGCAAAGGAAGAGGGCCAGGUCUGGAGGUGUCAGAAGCUGCAUGUGAGCGUUGGUCAUUGAGCACUUCCAAAUGUUGGGCUGAACAUCUGCUCUGGGCUGGAGGCUGGCAGGGCAGGUCCCCAACAUGGAGGGAGUGGGGAGCAUCAAUUUGUAAUACUCUGGACCAA